AACGUGUCCCUUUUUUUUUCUUCCUUCAAAACAAGCAGACAGCGGAAGAGAGAGAGCAGAGAGGGAGAUGCGGUCGGAGGAGAUGAAAGUGGCAGGUGGAGGAGCGGAGGCGAAGAAGGCGGCGGGAGGGCAGAACCACCCGGCGGGGGAGAUACUGCACCAGCGGCGUAACUCACCUUUCAGCCCUUACACCAUGGCAUUGGGCGGUUUCGCCAUUGCGGCCGCCAUCGGCUACUUUGCUUUGUACGUCAAUAAAAAGCCCGAAGCCUCCGCCCGCGACGUUGCCAAAGUCGCCACCGGCGCCGCCAAGCCGGCGGACACUCACCCUCGCAAAUAGUACCUUUUCGAUCACUUUGUGUAUAUAUAUCUAUGUAAGAUUUAUAAAUAGUCACUGAGGCUUAAUAUAUAUGGGUAGCAGAUUUUAAAUUGGAUAUCAAA